UCUGCUCUAUAAGAGCAACUGCAAACCAUUCUCUGCAGCCUCCUCCUCCUCCCUCUCUCUCUCUCUCUCUCUCUCUCUCUCUCUCUCUCUCAGACACGCAACAGACAGAGAGACACUUCUGUUGUGUAAGGAAACAGAGCAAAAGACAGACAAGAAUGGAGGAAUUGGGUUCUAUAUGGUUUUACCAAGAGAGCAUUGACGAACUAAGGCAGAAGCUUCAGUACACUUCGUUUGAACUGGAGGCUCUGAAAGCGAAGGCAGACGAAGAGACGAGACUUCACAGAGAAGAGGUGAAGAAGCUUCUUCAUCUCCUCAAGCUCGCAUGUCAGGACAGAGACGAAGCCAAGGACCAGUUCCAGAGACUCCUCAAGAAACAGAUCGCGACAGAUCACGACAAUGUUCUUGCAAUGCCUCCGAAUCCCAAGGUCAACUCAAGCAUCACCGAGUCAAACAGCCUCUCGCUCGGCUCCCCACCCGUCGACUCGUUCUUUGAACCGGUCACUUCCCCCGAGUUCUCCGACCUCAACAACGUGGCCGACCCGGUUCACGGAUUCGGAUUCGGGAACCAAGCCAGCGAUUCUCGGAUACCCUUUUCUCAGAACUGUCACGUCUCGCCUUCGACGGUCAAGAUCGAUCCCGUGGACGCUCUGAUCGACAAGAUGGUAGAAGGGAAGGCAUUGCCGGUGAAAGGGAGGCUUCUGAAGACUGUGAUGGAAUCAGGGCCACUGCUUCAGACUAUGCUCCUCGCAGGUCCUCUUCCGCGGUGGCGAAACCCUCCGCCAUUGCAGCAGAACUUCAGAGUUCCUCGGAUAUCGGACUCUUACGAGGUUUCAAGAGGGUGUUCUUUGACGUCAUCAUCCAUGCUCAGUUUCGUCGGUUGUUCUGUGUCGGGCAUCCACCAUGUUCCCAAGCGGCAGAGAUUUCAUUAGCCGUGUAAAGAUUAAUUUAUAAAGGGUUUCUUUGGUUAGAACGGUAUUGAGAUAUUCAUUUUCCAUCUUACUAUAUAUAAUGAAUGUAUAUGAUUCUCUCGA